AUGGAUAAGCACCGCCGUCCGGCACCGCCCAGGGGAGCAUGUCCCGUGCCGCGCGGCACCGUGGUUACGCAAAUCUCCGGGGGCGGCGGCCAGGCCGAGAGGCCUACCACGCGCCGCGGGUCGACCGCCGGGGGAGGGCGGUCGGGCGUGGGGCCGACCACAGUCCGAGAUGACCACAUCCCUAUCCCUGACCUCGGGUCAUCGAGAUGA